UCGACAUGUUUAUUUCUCUACGGCGUAGUUUCUCUCUGACGUCUCAUCUGUUGGCUGGUUAUCAGAUAUCUGCUGUAUGUGCUAGAGAGUGUCAGAGCUCAGAUUACUCUGUAGCGGUGGAGCAGAAAGCAGGGCACAAAUAUGAAGGAGAGCAGUGGAAUUGGUCUGGCGUGGAAAGUGCUGCUGCUGGUGGGGUUGUGUGCACUGCUGCUCCUCAGCUCAGGAGCUUCAGUGUUCCUGCUAGUUCGACAGAAAGAGCUGACGGGUGAGCUAGUGAGGCUGGACGCACAGAUGCAAGAGCUGUCACAGAGCUGCAGGCUGCGGGCGGGGGUCCUGAACCAAGACCCUGCAGAGGCCAGAGAGCUGAGGAAGCUCCAACGCAGCAGAAGGCACCAGGAGGAGGAUCUGACCCAAGAGGAGAAGGACAUGAUGAUGAUGAUGGCAUACUCUAUGGUUCCUGUCAAAGCCCUCAUGGACCUGUGUAACAGCACCAGAGGAGUUUGUUUAACAGGUUUGCCAGGUAGAGCGGGGUCACCAGGACAGCAGGGAAUGCCCGGGCUGGAGGGGAGACGAGGGAGAAGAGGACGCCCUGGUGAAAAAGGAGAACAAGGACCUAAAGGAGACCCGGGUCCUCCCCGACCUAAAGGAGAGACCUGCAAUGAAAUUCUUGUUAAAGAUCCACCUGGUCCGAGGGGUCCACCAGGCCCAGUCGGCCCACCUGGUCCCCCCGGUCCUGCUCGGUGCUGUAAUGAAGUGAGAAACAACACCAGCGAAGAACACAUCCAUCAAGACAACAAGUUGAUGGAUUCAUCUCCUUCUUGGGCGGAUAUAGAAAACUCAACAAUAAACAACACUGAAUCACCAACACCACGCACAGCUGAUGAGAGCAAGGAUGUAUUGAAUGUUACAGCCUUAAAAGAAACUCUUAACACAAGUAAAGACUCUGAGUCAGUACCAGGUCAUCCUGAGUACGGCUACGACACAUUGAAUGAUACCAACACAGAGAAUAUCACAGAUGCAUCAAUUACAUUAUUAACAGCCGCACUUUCUCAAGACCAAAACCUUGGUGCCUUCAAUGGCAGUGGAAACAUUACGGACACCCCCAUGAAAACUGAGUUAGUGUCACCGCGUCCAGCAUACAGACAUGACACGUGGACUCAAAGCAGCAUGGAAAAUGUUACAGACGCAACAAUAAACGUAUUAUCAGUCUUACCAACACCCCAUCGAGCUCAUGAAGCCACAGAGGAUUUUAAUGUUACUGACAAUGAUACCUCGAGAACAGAGAAGGAGUCUGAGCCUGUAUCAUUUGAUAAAAACUACAGCCAGGACACCUUGAAUAAAACAGAAAAUGCUUCAGAUACAACAACUGUAUUAUUGACAGAUCCAAUUUCUGAAGACCAAAACAGUGAUUCCUUCAAUAACAGUGGAGCCAUUACUGAUAUAUCCAUUAAAAGUGACACUUCAUUAUCACCCCAAAACAACAACAAGCUGAAUUUAACUAGCGCUGAACCACCAACUCCACAUCCAACUGAUAACAUCAGUGAUGUUUCUGACUCAGAGAAACAUCAAGACACAACCUUUGAAGCCGAGUCAGUAUCGCUUCCUCAAAAUGACAGCCAUGACACAUCGAAGGACAUCGACAACCACAGAGAUGUUUCUGACUCUGAGAAACUUCAAAACAUAAAACAGGAAACUGAGUCAGUAUCAAUGUAUCAAGACAACGGUAAUGGCACAUUGAACGAUACCAAGAGUGAAAAUGUUACAGAGGCAACAAUAUUAACAGCUCCACUUUCUGCAGACCAAAACAGUGAUGCCUUUAACCACAGUGGAAGCAUUGUUGAUAAACCCAUUAAAAGUGAAUCACCAACUCCACAUUCAGCUGACAACAACAGAGAUGUUUCUGACUCUGAGAAACAUCAAGACACGAAAGUGGAAACUGAGUCAGUAUCAAUGUAUCAAGACAACAGCAACGGCACACUGAGAGAUACCAAGAGUGAAAAUGCUACAGAGGCAACAGUAACAUUGCUAACAGCCCCAGGUUCUGCAGACCAAAACAGUGACGCCUCUAAUAACAGUGGAUUUAUUAUUGAUAAACCCAUGAAAAUUGAAUCAUCAACUCCACAUUCAACUGACAACAAAAAAGAAGUUUCUGACUCUGAGAAACUUCAAGACACAACCUUUGAAGCUGAGACAGAGUCGCUUCCUCAAAACGAAAGCCACAACACAUCGAAGGACACUGAAAUGGUGAAUGCUACCGAGGCGACAAUUACAGCUCAACUGUCUGUGGACCAAAACAGUGAUGCACUCAAUAACGCUACAAAUGCAUUAUUAAAAACCUCAUUGUCUGUAGACCUGGAGAGGGUCAACAACACUGGAAACAUUAACGACACACCAAUGGAAAGUGACUCUUCAUAUCCACUCCAGACUCUUAACAGGAUAAAUGUGACAACCAGUAAAAGAAGGACAAAAACUGAGUGCAACAUUAGGAACAUUACAUGUUCAGAGAACGCCGCAAAAAUGCAAAGCACUUUUGGAGCCUGGAUGUCUGAUGCUUCCAGGGUGGAUCGAAGUCGAUACUGGCUGGCCGAUCAUUUUUCAGGUCGAGUUCUGGUAGAGCACAGGAACAUUUCAACAUCACUGGAUACAAGCAACAAGCUAAUAGAUGUCAACACGUUCUUCCAGGGAUGUGGUCAUGUCGUUUACAAGAGCUCAUUUUACUUUCACAACGGAGGAUCAGACAAACUUAUAAAAUUUGACCUGAACACCAGGAAUUCCAAGUAUCUGAGAAUGGCAAACAGCAGAUAUAACAAACUGAACUAUCUUUUCCACAACUCAAAGACGUAUUUCAAGUUUGCCGUGGAUGAAAAUGGACUGUGGGUCAUUUUUGCACCAGAUAAAGAGGAGGAUAAUAUGAUGGUUGCAAAACUAAAUCCAGAUGCAUUCACAAUAGAGUCUGUCAUUAACACUCAUUACCCUACAACUAAAGCAGGCAAUGCUUUCAUUGUAUGUGGGGUGAUUUAUUUUACAGAUGACAAAGACAGAAGAGUCACAUAUGCCUUUGAUUUGAUGAAAUUGAGUCAUCUGGAUGCAUUCAGAGGUUUUGAUUUAAGGCCAGCUGAUGGCUCUUUGGCUAUGCUGUCAUAUUAUCCUAACAAAAAAGUUCUGUACAUGUGGGACAACAGCAGUGUAAAGACCUGCAAAGUCAAACUCAAAUUCAACUAAGAAUUACCACAAACCUUGUGAAAUUGUUGAGAAACAAAGUUAUUUUUUCAAUCUCAGUUGUUGGUAGUGAAUCUAUUGACCACAAUGGUGGAUGUAAUCAGCAAGAAGGGAUAACGGAAUUUGGAAAUAUUUUAUUAAAUUGAAAAUUACAGACUGCUUCCACAAUAAUCUAUUCAUAUGACCUAAUUUGUUGCAAUAUUUGUUGUUGAAACAGAGUUUUCAUGGUCAAAAUAAUGAAAUAAACAAAUAUAUUUUAUGAAA